AGGGAAGAGAAGAUGGUUGGGAGACUUGAGAAUUUCUAAAAGUUAAUAAGUUAUGGAAGUUACAUGAUGUAGAAGAGAAUGAUCCAAGGAAGAUUACUUAUGUUAUGUAAAAUAAUUAUAAUUUUAGAGAGUCAUAGAAUCUUUCAUUAAGGAGGAGAAGAGGUAACAGAAUUAAGAAUUAAAGAGUAAAACACAAGUUGAAGUACGAAAAAAGCACUCUAUAAAUUGAAAGAGUCAAAACAAAUACAUAAAGAAGUAAAUUGCGAGAUUUAUUUAGUCUUGUAACUUAUAAUUAUGUGGGUGAGGGAGCAAUUAAAUCUGGUGUUGUCAAAGGUGUAAGAUUGUAGUGAUUAAUUUUGAUCAU